AUUCAAUAUAAUAGAAAUGGAGGAUUAUUCUGGCGAAUCUUGCCAUUACAUUUACGAUCACUUUAGCAAAGCAAAUUACGAGGCUGUUGAAGAAGCUGUGACCAGAUUAUCUGACCAAGUGGAAAAAUCAGGCAACGAAGAAGAGAACGAGGCUUUUCAAAGACAAAAGUUAAUGGUCACUGCUCUUCUUGAAUACUUUAAGGACGGAUGCAAAGACCCUAAGAAGGCUUAUAAAACCUUAUCAUUGAUCGAGAACGAGCAGAGAGAAGAAAGUGGAUCAGAGACAAACUACUUGCUGGAAUAUAACUGUGGAGUCUUUGCAUACCUCAGCCAAAUGAAUGGCAACGCUCUUAAACAUUUUAUUCAGAUACUUGAUCAUCCUGAUGAAGCAGAGUUGUUCUUGAUUCUGAAAUCAGCCUUUAAUUGCUUGCAAAUCUUGGUGGACAACCAAUACAUAGAGGCUGCUAAAAUGAUGGUGAAUAAAAUUGAAGGACUCCUUCCAGAUUUAAUUAGAGUCAGAGAUAUCAAGAUGUGCUAUAAGUCAACAACAGAGAAUGAUGGUACCAAAAUGGGAGGGUUCGCUGAUUCCACUGAUGAACUCAAAAUCGAAGAAUUUAGUAUCUCAACAGGAGCUUAUCUUCCUCAUCCAACUAACUCUCCCAAGAGCCCAUGAAUCAUUGAAUAUGAGUUUUACCUAACGUAUUUUAAAACAAGGAUUGCAAUGCAUGAUUCAGAUGAGGAAACAAGAAGGAAGUGGUCUAAAAGAUUGGAGAAACAACAAAAAGCAAUGCAGAAGGAUAGAGAAGGAAUAUACCAAGAAAUGAGAGAUGUAAUCAACUCACAAUGUUAUGCCAUGGUUCCAUAUAUCAACUCUUUUGAAGCAUUACAAAAUUUAUUACCAAGAAAUCCAAGAUCUGGAGAAACAAAUGAGCAGGAUAGCUUCAGAGUGAUGUCUUUUAUGGAUCGUGAUAAAUCUAAGGGAGGUCCAACUCCUCAUCCAAGUGCUCAUAAAAACUUGAAGGACUCUGAUAAAAGAAAAGAGAAAAUUCUUCAGAACUGUAAUCAAAAGCAUCCAUUAUACUUCUUUAACAAUCUCGGAGUUUUACACUUGAAUACAAAGAAGUACUCAGUAGCUUGCUUCUUCUUAACAAAGGCCCUAAAGUACCUUCAACUUGAUGGAAAGCAGAACCAAGCAGGAGGAAAGAACCCAAUGAAGUUUGUAUCUAAUCAUACCUCUCAAAAGAGAGCAGAGAUAAUGUAUAACCUAGGAUUAGCUUUCUAUAAGAUGGGCCAGUACGAAAAGUGCGUCAAUUGCUUAGCAGAGGCCUCAGAAUUAUAUGCUAAUAAGUUCUCCCUCUGGUUCUGGAUGGGUACAGCCUGUAUCAAGAACUUUGUUGAUCAAGCAGAAAACUACUUCAUGAAAAGUUCUAGCAAGACUAUCCUAACUAAAAAGCCUGAAGUCGGUGAAAUUGAUGAAAAGGUGCCUGAGAAAAUGAAACUUCAUCAAGCUAUUAGAUAUCUUGAAAAUGUUAUUGUGGCAUACCAGAACUUCACAGAUAAUGAAAAAGAGAUUAUGGAGAUUAUUAAGAAAUUUGAUUUCACUGAGCAUUUUAAAAACAUUCCUCAUAUUCAGAACAAGGCAGGGGAAGAGGCAAAAGAUGAGAAGAAGCAAGAAGAGAUCAAUGACGAUCCUUCUUUCUCUAUGGGACUCCACAGCAAAGCUGUAGCAGAUAGAUAUAGAAUGAUGGCACAUUCCUCAUAUAUGCUCCUUAUCUAUGCCUAUCUGCUUCUCAAGAAUGAUGAGAAAGCACUGGAAUACUGUAAAAUCUUGAAGUCAGAUUUUAAGCUUAAUUCUAAAAUGAGCUUUGAUUUAAAGAUGUACAUGGCUGAAAUCUAUCUCACUAGGGGAAGCCUGCAGCAAGCAUUCAAAUGUCUCAAGAUAGACAAAGCUUUUGAAGAAAGGAAAGGAAGAGAGUCAAAAGAAGAUUACAUUGAUAUUGAGAAUACUAACAGCGGGUUCUUGGAAAAGAACCUCCCCAAGAGGGCAGUCAUGUUCCUAAAUAUUGCAACUUGUAAUUAUUUCCUUGAAAUCCCUGAGGAAGCUAGGAAUGCUAUUUCAAAUGCACUUGAUUGCUUAGGGUUAAACAAGGACGAAAAUAAUCCAACUCGCAAGCCUCAAAUGGAGGAGAUCCCUGAAUUUGUUCUGCAUUCCCUCGUCUAUCUGAACCUCUAUAAUGGAGAUGAGGAGACAGCACUGAAAUUAUUGAGAAAGAGGAGAUUUGACAAAAAUAAUGAAGACUUGCUCGAUUUUGGCUCGUCUGAAGAUGGGCUCAGAAUAUUUAGAUAA